GUGUGCAAUCUCGCGAGUUCCAAGUUGAGUGAGAGGAAGCUUCAUCACAACAACAGCAACCCCGCCGCUGCUGCUCUCUCUAGUCUACGGUCAGCUCUCGGGACGCGCGGCGGCACAAGAGACUAUGCUCUUGUCGAUUCGACGGCGACUGUUGCGGAGUGAGUAGCUUUAUUCGUCCUCGAAAAUUCCCCCAACAAAACAAGUUCUGAUAAAACAGACAAUCUUUUGAUCCUGCUCUCGUCGCACAAAAAAAGAAUCCAAUCAAGGAAGUGAUUAAGAGGAAUCUCGAAACAAAGAAAUCAGUUCAACCCAUCACCGAGGAAGAUAUUUUAAACCGCCUCACAUCUGCAUCACAAAUCGGCACGAGACCGACGACAGCAGAACUAAGACGACUAUCGGUUGACUCAACCUCAGAAAACAACAGUUAGUCGAACGGGGGUCGUUCGAAAGACACACACAAACACGCCGCGUUUGUUCGCGGAAUAAAAAAGGCAGUCAACCGAAGAAGAAAGAAGCAAGCAAAGAAAAAUGGCUCUGAUAGAAAUCGAUACCAUCAUAAAUGCCGUGUUCCGGUCGACGGUCCUGCCCGGCUUUAUUGUGGCGCUCUGGCUGACGGAUUUAAUAUGCCUGGCGACGUGCAAGAUCUGCAUCCUGGUGUUUGUGAUCAUCUUCAUCGUGCUGCCGUUGAUCUUCAAAUUUUCCUUUGCCCUGCAGAAAGGCAUUCUGUUUCUCACGUUCAUAACCUACCCGCCGAACCUGGACCUGAAGCGGCCGGAGAAGAGCGGUCUGUACGCGACGCGGAACUUUUACAUCACCUACCGCGACCAGGAGGAGGACAUCGAUGUCGACAUUGCCGUGUGGCACGUGCUGCCCAACGAUCUGGUGCGGCGCUUUGGGCGCGAGCUGCAAAUGGAUGAGGCAACCCUGGCCAACGUGACCGCUCCGGAGGAGAUGCGAUCCGAGCUGGAUAAAGUGUCCAACAAGGACGCGUCAAAGUAUCAUGAAAUCGAAAAGAUUCUCGCCCGGGACGGACUCAACCUGGAGGACGACGACACCCGACGGGAGUUGUUCGAGGCCAGCUUGAAGGCGACCACGAAUGAUAUUGUGCUGUACCUGCACGGGAAUAGCGCCUCCCGAGGGGCGUCCCAUCGCGUUGAUUUGUACAAACUGUUGCGCAGCUUGAACUACCACGUGAUUACGCUGGACUACCGCGGGUACGGAGAUUCGGCGAAUCUAUCGCCGACGGAACGUGGCGUGGUUUACGAUUCGUUGGCCGUGUAUCAGUACAUCACAAGUGUGAGCAAGAAUCCGGUGUAUUUGUGGGGUCACUCGCUGGGGACGGGCGUCGCGACGCACCUGUUGUCGCUGCUGACGGACAUGAGCAUGCCGGGACCGAGGGCGCUCGUGCUGGAGAGUCCGUUUAAUAAUAUAAGGGAGGAGAUUUGCGCGCAUCCGUUUUCGAAGUUAUACCGUCACCUGCCCUGGUUCGACUACACGAUCUCGAAGCCGAUGUACGCCAACGAGCUGCGGUUCGAGUCGGACCAGCACAUUGCCGAGUUCCGGCAGCCUGUGCUGAUUCUGCACGCCGAGGACGACCACGUGGUGCCGUUUCAUCUCGGGUAUAAGCUUUACCGCACCGCGCUCGACACCCGCGGCAAAUCGUGGGGCCCGGUCGAGUUCCACCGGUUCGAGCGCACCAGCCAUUACGGACACCGGUACAUUUGCCGGGCGCCGAACCUGCCGGAGAUUGUGAUUCGGUUCUUCCGCACGUACCGCGACGAGCAGUACUAGUAGAGUGGUCGAGAUACAUAUAUGUUUGAGAGAAAGCGAGUGCCAACAAUAAAUAUUAUUAAACAAUUAAUGGAUGGAUGGUGAAUUACAAUGCAAACUUUUUUGCUCUAAACCACAAACGCAGUGAAAUGAGACUUGUGAUGCUAUCAAAAGCUAUUAAUAUAAUAUUAAUAAUAAUGUAAUAAUAAUGAUAACACUACUGAUGACGAUAAUAAUUAUUACGUAACUUUUAGUAAUACCUACAACAACCAACACAAGAAGACUAGAACCGCUCGCUGGAUGGCAGCGAAGAGCUUAGAGAAAGAGGUUUAUACAAUACACAUAAGGUAGAGGAAAAGGUGUGUGAUAGAGGAAGGUAGUCUAGAAAAAAAACUGUAUUUUUUCCCUCACAACAAUUGGCAAUACUAGCGCGGAACGGGUUAGAAACACGGAAUUGAAUUCUAGCAAUCACACACACAUUGAUAAUUUAGAGGGACGUUACCAAGUCGGUUAGAAACGCACUUUUUAGAUAGAUUUUAAAGCAGAAAAUCCCUGUUUAUUGAAAUUCCUACUGAAAUAAACUUUUUUCCCCAUUAAGAAAAUUAA